UUGGUGAGUUGACUACUAUGUCCAGAAAACACACAAAAAGCUUAAAGCCCCUCUCUCUUUGUUUAUUCAUCUUCCUUCAACCACAGCAGAGUGGUAGGUUGCUAAAGUCUCUAUCUUUCUCCAGAAAAACCAGCGAGGGACUGAAAGAGAGAGAAUAGGGUGUUGUUUUUGAGGGUUGGUGAUGGGUAAAUACAAGUUUAGAUUAUCUGAUAUGAUUCCCAAUGCCUGGUUUUACAAGCUCAAAGACAUGAGCAAACCCAGAAAGAACCAGAGCAGCAAUUCUCAUCAUAAGAAGAAAAACCAACCACCAACACCCACAUUUUCAUCUUCAGCAAAGCCAACAAGCCCAGCAAAGCCAAAGCAGGUGACCUAUCACCACCACCAUUGUCCUCAAUCAAGAAAGUCGUACUACUUCACCAGGGAGCUGAAUAACACCACAGGUGAGAACAGACCACUCUGCAACACCCCCAUAAACCCAACAGAAGUCGCCGACACCAGUUUGCCUCAUGAGCCGACUAGAAAAUCGUCCAGACAGAAACCAAGGAAGAGUCGAAUUGCAACAAGCAAACCCUCCUCCGAUUCGAAGCUUGCCACGUCGACCACCUCCUCUGUUUCAGCCGGGGGGCGGGCCUCCAUUGAAUCCGUCUGGACAAAAUCGGAUUCCCCACCGGAGGAGCAGCUCUGGUCUUCUUCGUCUCUUGACAGCUCCGAGCUUGAGUUUCAUCACCCUGAGCCUCUUGAAUUCCGAUGUGACCGUGUUCUUGCUACAGAGACAGAUGGUAUGAUAUCAAUGACGAAUUCUUAUGAGAAAGACAUUAUCAUUGACGUGGGCGACUCAGCUGAGAAGAACUUUGAUUCGUUCUCCGAGCUUCAGCUUCCUCGGAUUAUAACCAAGCCGGAAAACUUCAGUGAAAUAGUGAGUGAGACCAAGAAGAAGAAGAAAGAUAACGCGGAGCAGCCAAUCAAGUCAAGAAAAAGCUCGCAUGGAUCAGAGAACAAUAAAGACCAUCGUGCAAGUUCUGAUAAACGAGUAUGUUCGAGCACACCGGGAAUUAAGCUUCGUGCUAACUCUCCGAGGAUCGCAAACCGGAAACUGAACCAGGCACAAGUGGCACGCCGGAGUGUGUCGUCGAAUUCGAGCUCAAAAAGAAGGAGUCUUUCGGAAAGCUUUGCAAUUGUGAAGUCCUCAUUUGAUCCUCAAAGGGAUUUCAGGGAGUCAAUGAUAGAGAUGAUCAUGGAGAACAACAUCAAGGCAUCAAAGGACUUGGAAGAUCUUCUUGCAUGUUAUCUAUCUUUGAAUGCAGAUGAAUACCAUGAGCUCAUCAUCAAGGUCUUCAAGCAAAUCUGGUUUGAUCUCACUGACAUCCGGUCAAAGUAAAUCUAAAUUAUGUUGCAUCAAAAUGGAUGAAUGUACAUCAAUCUUUUCUAAUAUGUC